AUAUACAUCUUGAUUUAUUUGGUAGUUAUAUAUUUUACAAACAUUUGUGUGUGUGUCUGCCUGCAGUUUUUCUUUUCUUUUAUUCAUUUAUGAUUCAGCCUUUUUACAGGAUUCUGCUGGCUUCUUGUUCUUGAUCCAGUUUCUUGUAGACCACCACUUGAACUAAACUUAAGAACAAACAAGUUGAUCAAGUUCACUAGAAGAAGAGACACUAGCAAGUUCACAAGCACUAAUACUGAAGUUUCUCAAGAAGAUGGACAACUAUACUGAUCCCAUUCAGGCUAAAGAUGAGGAAUCUAACUUAGAUGCAGAGUUUAUAAAGGUAGAGAAGGAAUCUGUUUGUUCUGACAAAUCAUCACCUAGCAGAGACUUGUUAGAGGCCCAAGAAAAGGUUCAGGAACUUGAGCAUGAAUUAGUAUCAGUUUGUGGGGAUUUGAAGAAAUCUGAAUCUGAGGUGGCUAGGCUAAAUGAUGAAGUUUUGGUUGUUAACAAGAAGCUGCAAGAAAGUGAGAGGAAGUAUGAUGAGCUUGAGAUUAGUAGCAAGGAAUUGCAGAAGCAGAUUUCUGAAGAAGGGGCGAAGCAGAAGGCGAUGAAUGAUGUGCAGGAGGCUUAUGAUGAUCUUCAACUUGAACUGGAGAGCUCGAAGAAGAAGAUGCUGGAGGUGAACCAGGACUUACAGAUAUCUGAGGGUGAGGCGUUGAAGUUUGAGGAGUUGCAUAGGCAAAGUGGUGUCCAUGCUGAGAUUGAAAUGAAGAAGGCGUUGGAGUUUGAGAGGUUACUUGAAAUGGCGAAAGUGAGUGCUGUGGAAGUGGAAGAUCAGAUGGCUACAUUGCAAGGAGAACUUAUGGGGCUUUACAAGAAGAUUGCUGAAAAUGAAAAGCUAGAAGAAGCAUUAAGAUUUACUACUGGUGAGCUCUCCACUGUUCAAGGGGAGUUGAAGCUUUCAAAAUCACAAGUGGAGGAAUUAGAGAAGAAGCUUGAUUUGCAGAAGGAUUUGAUGAAUAAAGUGGCGCUUUUGAAUUCUGAACUGAGCUCCUCAACUGCACAGAAAUCGGAGCUUGAGUUGCAGUUGAAGACUGCUAUGGAGAAGGAAAAGGUUCUAAAUGAAAGCUUGAAUGCGACAACAGAAGAAAAGAUGAAUCUGGCAGAUGCAUUUAAUAACACAACUGAAAAGCUUGUUGAAGCAGAAAAUUCACUUCAAUUCUUGGAGAAUGAGUUGAAUCUCACUUAUCAGAAGUUAGGAAGUGCUGAGAGUAAUUUAGAGGCUGCUGUUAUGAGAGAAAAUGAGGUCUUGGAGAAGCUGAAGUUAUCUGAGGAGCUUCUUGAGAAACAUCGAGAUUUGGAAGUCCAACUGCAAGAGGUUAUUGCAAAUUUCAACAACAAAGAUUUUGAGGUGCAGGCACUUGAAGAGCAAGUGAUGAUUUACAAGGAACAAACAAUGGAAGCAGCUGAAAGGUCUGCAUCUUUGAAGGAUGAAUUUGAUCAGAUUGCAUUAAAACUGGCAAAUUCAGAAAGCACCAAUGAAGAACUCAGAAGAAGGGUCUCACAAGCAGAAGAUCAAGCCACACAGUCUUUCUCAGAGAUUGAUAUGUUAGUUGAGACAAAUACACAGUUGAAGAGUAAGAUUAAUGAGCUUCAAGAACUACUAAAUUCUGAGCAUGCUGAAAAGGAAGAAACUUCCCAAAAACUGUCUUCUCACUUGAGCACUAUAAUGGAACUAAACGAUCGGCACUCUAAGGCUUCUGAGCGAGCCGACUCUCAUAAGAUUGAACUGGAACAGACCCUGACAAGAUUGAAGGAUCUGGAAAGCAUGGUUGAAGAACUACAAAACAGGUUCAGCCAUUUUGAGAAAGAGUGUGAAGGACUAGCUGGGGUAAAUUUUAAUCUUACUCAGGAACUGUCCGAACAUGAAUCUAAACUGAAUGAUGUACAAACAAAACUUUCUGAAACAUUAUCCGAUAGGGAUGAAGCAACUGAGAAGCUCCAUGCUUCACAAAAAGAAGUAGAAGAUUUAAAACUACAGCUUGAUUCGGACAGUCAGCGAUUACAGUCUCAGAUAUCUUCAGUGAUGGAGGAGAACAAUUUACUAACUGAAACACAUCAAAAUGCCAAGGUGGAGCUGCAGACUGCGGUAAUUCAACUUGAAGGACAAUUAAAACAACACAUAUCAAAUGAAAAUGCUUUGACAAAUGAGAUUGAAAAUCUGAAGGCUGAAAUUGAAGGAAAAUCCGUAUUGAAUGAUCAAAUAAAAGAGCUUGAAGAGAAAUUAGCAAUAGCUGAGGCUCGAGCCAAAGAAGAGAAACAGGUGAACACACACAAAGAGAUGGAAGCAGAAGCUAACAAGAAGGCUGUCUUUCUUCUUGAAAACCAACUCAAAGAACUAGAACAAAAGUUGCAGCAGGAGGACGCUAGUCAUAAGGAUAAUGGAGCAAGUCCGGCAGAGAUGAAAUCCAGGGAGAUUGGAUCCUCCAUCCCAACUCCAUCAAAGCACGGACAUACAAGAAAGUUGGAAGAAGUUUCUACACAAACUUCAUCAUUGGAAAUACAGACGAAGACCACAGAGGUUUCAUCAAGCAUAAACUUCAAGUUUAUAUUGGUCGUGGCUCUUGUCUCAGUGAUCAUAGGCGCAAUUCUUGGCAAACGGUACUAGGUACCAACCAUAGGUUUUUUCGAUUUUGUUAAAGCCUAGAGGUUAAAAGUUGAUCAAGGGACAUAAUAUUCGUUAACAUCCCUAACAAAUAUUCCUAAAAAUACUUAUGGGUUAAUUCAGUCAGUUUACUUUGAUGAUA